CAUUAACCAAUGAGAGAGAAGCUGAAUUUGCCGGUGAACCGAUCAGCUUUGUGUCAGGUCGACUACAGUAUCUUCCUCUCAUUCAGCACAGGUCAGAAGCAGGUGUCAAAUGCCAUUGCAUUGAAGGUGUGAUUGUACUUUGGAUUACAGAAAGAGACGUGAAAUGAGUGGAAGAAGGAGGGGGCAGCCCAACAGAGGUGGAGGGCGAUUUAACAAGCCCAGAGGAGGAGGAGGGAGAGGAAGAGGGGGAGGAGGAGGAGGAGGAGGAGGGGGAGGAGGAGGAGGUGGAAAGGCAGCGAGUGGUGGCUGGGAUGACGGUGACGAUUUCAGCCUUGAUUUUGGACCCAGUCGCUCAACCAGGCCCACCUCGGGCAGAGGAAGGGGUGGGAGCAGCCGGGGCAGCGGGGGUAGCAGCAGAGGUAGAGGAGGAAGGGGAAGGAGCACUGGUGGAGGGAGGGGUAGAGGUGGCGGAGAUAGGGGUAGGGGAAAGGUUAAUGGUAGGGGUUUACCCAAGUCCCUAAUUAGCGAGAGACCUCGGCCUAGGCUGCUGGAUGAAGACAGGCCUCGCCUCAGGCCUGAGAUGAUGGGCAACAUGCCCAUGCAGAAGAUCUUCAUGACAAAUGAGAACCAGGAGCAGGUGAAAGAGCUGCUGAGAGAGCUGCAGACCCAGGACUACGACGACGAGCCAUAUGAUGAAGAAGAUGAGUAUGAGGAAGAGGAGGAGUAUGAUGAGCUGGAUUACCGGGAGGAAGGGCAGUUCUGGAACACCCAUGAUGAGCCUGUUGAGAGUGCAGAGAGCCCCGUCUAUGAUCCUGACUCUGAGGAUGAACGGCGGCCCACUCCCGAAGCAGUCAUAGGACUGUUUGCCAUAGGAAAGCUCUGCAGGUAUGGUUUCGACCGGGAGCGCAGCAAGCAGGCCCUGGAGGCAGGUGUUGGGGAGGUGGGAGCAACCAUGGAACAGCUGCUCCUCCAGGUCUUCUCCGAGCGCUACGGCCCCAAAGCUGUCUCCCCCGAUGGCCUCCAAGGGGCGCCCAUGGACGAGUGCCUCACCCAGAGACAGGAGGAGGCCUUGGCCCUCACCGCAAUCUACGGCGACCGCUUCACCGAGCGCAUCGCCAACAGCGUUUGGACUGUCACUUUGGACCCUGACUUCCUAGCCGACAUUGCAGGAGGAAAACAAAAGGCAUCUGCUCGCACCGACGACUCCGUUCAAAUUAGGGACGUCUGCAGCUUCUACCUAAAGGGUGCCGGCUGCAGGUUUGGAGCUAAGUGCAAGUAUAAGCACCAGAUGCCCACCAAGGGAACAGCUUCGGGCCCUCAAGACCCCGUGGGAGCCAGCCAACCUGGGUUUAGCAGCUACUCCUCUCCAGAGUAUGAGCUGGAGGUCCGCUUCCCUAAAGGGAACCGCUACCCCUUCCAGGCCCCUGUCGUAGCCUUCAGCACUAACGAUGAGACCAUAGGGGCCGCAGCCAGGCUGAGUGUCACAGAGCAUCUGUUCGGGGAGGCCUUGGCUGCAGCGAAGGAGGGUGAGCCCGUGGUCUACACCCUGAUCACUUGCUGCGAGGACGAGGCCACCAUGAAGGAGCUGCUGUCAGUCACGCAUCAUAAAUACAGCUCCCUGCCCCCUGUGGUAGUGGCUCCACCCCCUGCUGCUGUUGCCUUGACGAAGAGCAAGAGUGGGAGGAGCAACACGGCAUUACAUGUGGAGGGCAAGAGUAGUACGAACACCAACAGAACUACCCCAACUAACAGCACCGCCAACAGCAGAACUGCCCCAACUAACAACAGCACCGCCACAGGCAGAACUGCCCCAACUAACAACAGCACCGCCAACAGCAGAACUGCCCCAACUAACAACAGCACCGCCAACAGCAGAACUGCCCCGACUAACAGAACAAGCAGCCACAGGAUACAGCAGGCCACAGAAGACUUGGAGGAGGAGGAGGAUGAUGAGGAAGAAGUAGUGGUUCCUGAGACCGAGAGCUAUGUCAACCUGAGGAAGAAGAUGGUGAAGAGACAUGAAGAGAGGACAGGGAGCCAGCAAAAGGAGAACGCCAAACUGUGUCGAGAGUUCAGGACAAAACAGUCAUCCAGGCGCUUCACCUCCAUGUUGCAGCAGAGACAGAAGCUGCCUGCUUGGAAUGAGAAGGAGAACAUCCUGGACCUGUUGGACAACUGCCAGGUGCUGGUGGUCAGUGGCAUGACUGGGUGUGGUAAGACCACCCAGAUCCCUCAGUUCAUUCUGGAUGCAUCUCUGAGUGGGCCUACUGACCAGGUGGCUAACAUCAUCUGCACCCAGCCCCGCCGUAUCUCUGCCAUCUCCGUGGCUGAGAGGGUGGCACAGGAGCGGGCAGAACGCCUCGGUAACUCAGUGGGCUACCAGAUCCGCCUGGAGACCGUCAGGGUCAGUGGAACUCAAUGUUGUACACAUGCUCACAUGCAUAACCUUGCAUUCUACCGGGUCUUCUUUCCUCUUUGCUCUUCGUCGUCGUCUCAAGCACACUCUGUCCACAUACCAGGACGCACUUUCCCUGUUGACCAGUUUUUCCUGGAAGAUGCAAUUGCCAAAACCCGGUAUGUGAUUGAGGAUGGCAGUCCGUUCAUGCGCUCGGGCGGGGGGAAGGACAAGUCCUCAUCAGGCAGUAAGGGGGUCAGAGGGGGGGCCAAAGACCCCGUGGACCAGCUGGGAGACGACAUGUGGUCCUUCAUGAACCUCCAGAAAAAAGACUUCAUUAAAGACUCCAUCCCUGACCAGCAGCUCAGCCUGCAGGAACUCGCUGUCCGAUACAAAGACACCAAGAAAUCUGUCUUGAAGACCAUAUCUGCCAUGGACCUGGAUAAGAUCAACAUGGACCUGGUGGAGAGUGUGCUGGAGUAUAUUGUGGACGGGGACCACAGCUACCCUCCAGGUGCUGUGUUGGUAUUCAUGCCGGGCCUGGCUGAGAUUAAGACUCUUUAUGAGCAGCUCCAGUCCAACAGGAUGUUCAACAACCGGAACAGAGCCAGGUGUGUGGUGUACCCACUCCACUCGUCCCUGUCUAACGAGGAGCAGCAGGCUGUGUUCAAGCGUCCACCAGAGGGCGUCACAAAGAUCAUCAUCUCCACCAACAUCGCUGAGACCUCCGUUACCAUCGACGACGUGGUCUACGUGGUAGACUCAGGCAAGAUGAAGGAGAAGAGUUACGACGCCUCUAAGAGCAUGGAGAGCCUGGAGGAGUCGUGGGUGUCCCGUGCCAACGCCCUGCAGAGGAGAGGGCGAGCGGGCCGCGUGGCCUCAGGGGUGUGCUUCCAUCUCUUCACCAGCCACUGCUUCCAACACCAGCUGGCAGAGCAGCAGCUGCCAGAGAUCCAGAGAGUCCCCUUGGAGCAGCUCUGCCUCAGGAUUAAGAUCCUGGAUGUGUUUGCGGAGCGGCCAUUGGAUUCUGUGUUCUCUCGGCUCAUUGAGCCCCCGGCCAUGGGCAGUCUGGAUGCGGCCAAGCAGCGUUUGCAGGACCUGGGGGCUCUGACUGCCGACGAGAAGCUCACCCCUCUGGGCUAUCACCUGGCCUGUCUGCCUGUGGACGUCCGCAUUGGCAAACUCAUGCUGUUUGGUGCCAUCUUUCGCUGCCUGGACCCUGCCCUCACCAUCGCUGCCAGCCUGGCCUUCAAAUCCCCCUUCGUGUCUCCUUGGGAUAAGAGGGAGGAGGCCAAUGAGAAGAAGCUGAAUUAUGCCCUGGCCAACAGUGACCAUCUGGCCCUGCUGCAGGCAUACAAGGGCUGGUGUGGUGCAGCCAAAAACGGGAAUCAGGCCGGGUUUCAGUACUGCAGAGAGAACUUCCUGUCUAGCCGGGGCUUACAGGAGAUAGCCAGUCUGAAGAGGCAGUUUACAGAGCUGCUGUCUGACAUUGGCUUCGUCAAGGAGGGACUGAAGGCUAGAGUCAUUGAGAGAAUGGCUGCCAAAGGGACUGAUGGUAUAAUGGAGGCUACGGGCCGUGAGGCCAACCUCAACUCUGACAACAUCAGGUUGAUGUCUGCCAUGCUCUGUGCUGCCCUGUAUCCCAAUGUAGUACAGGUGAGGUCUCCUCAUGAGAAGUUCAAGCAGACCAGUAAAGGAGCGGUGAAGAUGCAGCCCAAAGCAGACGAGUUGCGCUACAUGACCAAGAAUGACGGCUGUGUCCACGUACACCCCUCCUCCGUCAACUACACGGUGCGCCACUACGACAGCCCCUACCUGGUGUACCAUGAGAAGGUGAAGACAAGCCGUGUGUUCAUCAGAGACUGCAGCAUGGUGUCGGUGUACCCCUUGGUGCUGUUUGGGGGGGGACAGGUCAACGUGGAGUUGCAGAAGGGAGAGUUCGUCAUCUCCCUCGACGACGGCUGGAUCCGGUUCGCCGCAGCAUCGCACCAGGUGGCAGAGCUGGUGAAGGAGCUGCGCUGGGAGCUGGACCAGCUCCUUGAAGAUAAGAUCAGAAACCCCAGCAUGGACCUGUGUACUUGUCCGAGAGGCUCCCGUAUCAUCCACAUGAUCGUCAAGCUCAUCACCACCCAGUAAACCACCCGGCUCCCCUCCAUUACACACCCAGCACUUGUCUUUAGAUUAAUACUUUGCUCCCCACCUCCAGUCUUACAGUACAUUGGAUCAAGUCUUAUUGGUGGUAGCAUUGCAAUGAUACAAGUGCUGCUGAACAAGCAUACAGAAAUCACUGUUUUUGCUGUCAUAGGAAGUGCAAUAGAUUUGGCAGAGUUGAUUGUUAAAUUUGAACUGAAUUGCUAAAAAGGUUAUUUAACUGAAAUGGUAAUUUGCCAUUGAUUGUGUAUAUAUAUUUUGGCCACAUUUCCUGUAUAUAUGGGAAACUCAAGUUGCGUUUUAUUAUAGGUUGUGCCUUUCUUGCACACAACUAAAAAUAGCAUUUGAGUCCAUAUUGGAUUCCCGUACUGAAAAUGGUUGCACAUUUAUGCUUUUGUGUGUAUUUAGAUAUAACUAAUGCAUGAUUGACUGAAAUGUAAAUAGAGCUCUAAGAGCUUCUGCAUUAUUGUCUUUCUGUACAUUUAUAUAGAUAAAAUUAACACGCUGAUGUAAAAAUCAUGCCAUCACUAUUAAAAGGGCUCAUUGAAAUGUAGACAAUUUGGUAAAAAGCUGCCAAAGAAUUUAUAAACAAUGUCUCAUCAGCUUCAGUGACUAACUUUAGUCUGAUGAAUAUUACAACUGAAAAUAAAACAAAAUAAGUUGUGUGGGUGAAUUUAUGUAGUCCUUUUUAGUUGUUCAAUUGUUUAAGCACAAUCACGUUGUAGACAUUGUGAAGUCUUCCACUUUAUAUCUACAUUUUGCUGUAUUAAAAGUUGACACAUUUUUAAAGGCA